UUAGUACCCAUCCACUACCAUUUUCAACUACUAUAAAGUUAUUAGAAGAAGAAAGAAAUUUUGAAACUACUACCACCAGCUCUUUUACCUCAGAUACACUUGAACUACCUGAGUUAACUUUACUAUACUCUUCUUCGUCAUACUUUCCUUCUAGUCAAUCAAGUAUAGUUCCAAUACAAGUAGACCCUGAUACUUGGACAACAAGUUUAAUACAACAAAUAAAAGGAGGAGACUAUUUUGAAUCUCCUAAACCAAAAAUAACUACUUCAGAUAAUGCGCAUUCAUCAAAUAAAUCAUCUUCACACUCUUAA